AUGUUCCGAGUCCCUAACGAACGCAAGAGAGCUUUUGUUGCUCUGUUGCCCUCCCCAUGCUUGGAAUGGCAGCGGUUUGUGGACAGCAGCAAGCUGAAGCGCCACUUGUUCACGUUCCAGUGCACCUUUACAACACCAGACAGCAAGCUGAAGCGCCACUUGUUCACGUUCCAGAGCACCUUUACAACACAAGAGUGCUUUGUUCUUCCUCUCUUGCGCUCUCUUGCCCUCUCCUCCUCUCUCUUUGCCCAUCGCAUGGCAUGGCAGCGCUUUGUGGACAGCAGCAAGCUGAAGCGCCACUUCCUCAUCCACACGGGCGAGAAGCGCUUCUUCUGCCCCUAUGAGGGGUGCGGCAAGGCCUUUUCGUUGGACUUCAAUCGCCGUUCACACAUGCGCACGCACACAGGGGAGAACUACCACACGUGCCCGAUACUGGAGUGCGGCAAGCGCUUUGCACACGAGAACAAGCUGCGCAUGCACCUCGCGUCGGCACAUGGCGAUAAACAGCAGCAGGGCGGGGAGGAGGGAACAGAGGGCGAGAAAAGGCGGUUUGGGGAAGGGGCAGAGGGGGAUGGGGAGGGUGACGAGGGGGUGGAUGGAGAUGAGGAGGGGGAGAGUGAGGAUGAGGAGGAGGAGGGAAGCGUUGGUGCUGGAUUGCGAAAGGGAAUGGCAGUAAAGCGAGGUCGUGGUGGUGCGUCUGGUUAUGGGGGCGGGUAUGGGGCAGAGGAGGAGGAUGGGGAAGGCAUGGAGAGGGAGAGUGAGCAGGGUGAGUAUAACGAGGGGGAGGAGAUCACUGGGGCGAGUGACUUGGGCGAGGGGGAAGGCGAGGAGGAAGGGGAGGGAGCGUUUGAUGAGAUGGGGAGUGCGGAUGAGGGGAUGUAUGAUGGGGGGAUGGGUAGUGAUGGGUUGGGGGAAGACAUGGGAGGUGAGGAUUCAAUGGGGGAGGGUGGUGGCAUGGAGAGGUACGGUGGAGAAGAAGACGAGGAGGAGGGUGGUGAGGAGGCGUGGCGGGAGGAAAUGGGGGGUGAGGAGGGAGAGGGAGGGGAGGGAGGCGGAGGAGGUAAGGGAGGGAAGGGGGGGAAGGGCGCAUCGGGGAAAAAAGGCCCGGGAGGGCAGGGGGAGCAGGGGGAGGAGGUGCGGCCGAUUCGGCGGCGGCGGCGGCGCAAGCUGGAGGAGUCGGAGCGCGUGUUUGCGUGCGGCGAGGCGGGGUGCAGCAAGCGCUACUUCCACGAAUACAAGCUCAGGCUGCACCUCAAACACUUCCACGGCGUGGCUCUUGCUGAUGAGCCCGCCACCGGUGCUGAUGGUGGUGCUGGUGGUACUGCUGAUGGUGGGGGUGGUGGUGGUGCUGCUGGUGGUGGUGGUGGUGGUGGUGGAGGCGGAGGGGGUGGGACGGGUGGGUAUGGGGAGAGUGUGAAUGAGGAGGGGUAUGAGGAUGAGGAUUGGAAUGAUGACUAUUCCAGAGGUGAGUAUAACGAGGAGUACAGUGAUUAUGGAAGGGAGGAAGAUGGUGAGGAAGACGAGGAGGCUUAUAUGGAGGAUGUGCCGUUGGGGCAGCGCAGGCCUCAUUCUCUCUCCUCCACCGCCCCGCCUCCAAUGGAAGUAAAGGGUAAAGGAGGGGGAAGGGGCCGUGGCAGGGGCAGAGGAAGAGGGAGAGGGGGAGGAGGGGAGAGGGGAGGACGGGGAGGGGGUGGGAGGGGAGGGAGAGGGAAGCGGGAGGUGAUGGGUGGAGGUAGGGAAGGGGCAGGGCAUGAGAAGAGGGGAGGGGAAUGGGGAGUUGAUGGUGGGUCGGGGGUGGGUGGUGGGGGGUAUGUGGAGGAUGAGGGGGACUACCAGGAGGAGGAAUUCGAGGAGGAAGGGUUUUAUGACGAGGACGACGAUGGUGGUGGUGAUGAAAGCGACAUCAUUGCAAAAUUCGGUCUCCUAGGAACCACAUUCCCGCGCGUCCCAGGCCAUGAAAUAGCAGGCGUGGUCGACGCCAUAGGAGCCGCCGUAGAUGACGCAGCUCGGCCGCAGUGGAAGAUAGGAGAUCGCGUCGGAUUAGGUUGGUUCGGCGGGUGCUGUGGCACGUGUCGCUCAUGUCGCGAGGGCGAUCUGAUCUGCUGCGACAACCUCGAGAUUACCGGCGCGCACUUCGACGGUGGUUACCAGCCGUAUGUCACCGUCGCCGCAAACGCGCUCGCGAAGAUUCCGGACGAGCUCACUUUCCUGGAAGCUGCACCGCUAAUGUGCGCAGGCCUGACGGUGUUCAACAGUCUGCAGCGUUCAGGUGCUUCUCCAGGUGCCACUGUUGGCGUUCAGGGGAUGGGCGGGCUGGGCCACCUUGCCGUUCAGUACGCGAGCAAGAUGGGGUACGAGGUGGUGGUGUUCUCUCGCGGUCGAAGCAAGGAGGUGGAGGCACGGAGGCUGGGCGCACAGCACUAUGUUGACACCACAGAGGACGGCUUUCAGGAGAAAGUUCAGGCUCAAGGGGGAAUCAACGUGCUGCUGGCAACAGCACCCAGUGCCAAUGCGGUGUCGGCGGUGCUGCCUGUGCUGGGCAAGGCGGGCACGCUAGUUCUGCUGGGCGGGGGCGGCCACGACGACUGCACUGUGCUCGUGGACCCGGGCUUCCUCAUUGCCGGCCGCCGCAAGGUCAUGGGGUUCCCAUCGGGGCAACCCAGCGAUGCAGAGGAUGCACUCCGGUUUGCUGCCCGGCAUGGGAUUCGGCCAAUCAACGAGAUCUUUCCCGCCAGCCAGGCGUCAGAGGCCUUCGAUCGAAUGAUGAGCAAACAGGCAAUUUUUCGAGUCGUUUUGAACCAUGAAGCAUAG